AUGCCCUUCGAUUGGCAGGUGGAAUUGGCAGCUCCGGCCCCUUUAUCGUUAAUUCCAGUACAUAAGUCACAUGCUUCAACAUCUGUCACAGCCGCACAGCUGAUCACUGCCCCUCCCAAAUCUUUUGCGGCAGAAGUAGGAGGUUUUCGUUCCUCUCCGGUGGAGGAGGCUCCUUACCCGGUAUCUUGCAUCAAGGGCGAUUCCCUUGCCAUCCGAAUAGGCCAGGACGAGUAUGUUAAGGGCUUGACAGAAUGUCAAUUUGCGCUACGGGGACGGCUAAUCUUGUCUAAAGGCAACAAACCAUACACCGCUCGCGGUUUAGCUUCUAAAUUAAGCAAGGUUUGGAAGAUGAUUAAUCAAUGGAAGAUGGUUCCCCUUGGUAAGGGUUACUACGAUUUUUUAUUCGAACAUUCGGAUGAUCUUAGUCGCAUUUGGACGGCUGGUACUGUAUCACUACAACCGGGUCUCCUUCGUCUUUCUCAAUGGACGAAGGAUUUUAAUCAUAACUCUCAGGCACAGACACAUGCAUCACUAUGGAUCAGACUUGUUGAGUUGCCUCAGGAAUAUUGGUGUGAGAGAACUUUGAAAGAAAUAGCAAGUGUCGUGGGUACUCCAAUUUCUAUUGAUGGGCCGACAGGAAAUAGAGCAUUCGGACACUAUGCACGCAUUCUUAUGGACAUCGACUUAUCAAAGCGGGUCUAUGACGAAAUUCUUGUUGAACGGGAGGGGUUUGCCUUUAAGGUGGAAGUGCAAUAUGAACGGCGUCCAUUAUUUUGUCAUCAUUGUUAUGUCAUUGGACAUAAUGUCACGAAUUGCAAGUGGUUGAAUCUUGAGGCGGCCAAGGUUAAUGGUCGUGGGAAAAAACAAGUUCCUGAAACAAACAUUCAACCCCAUGUUGUAAAAGGAGCUUCUUCCUCUGGUACAUUAUGUUACGUCCCUGUUGUUACGCCACCAAUAGCUGCCACCAUUGAUGCUACUACGACACAAGCUGAUGUUCCCCCACCAGCAGCUGCCACUACUGAUGAAAAUGUGACUCAAUUUGUUGCCCCAACAGCCGCCACCACUAAUGAGAAUGUGACACAGUCUGUUCCCCACAUAGAUGUUACAACAGGUUCUUUCCGCCAUAUCUUGCAAGAUGUUUCAGAUGCAAUUCCUCAAGGUACUUUACCUCGGCCCGACAUACCUAUUUUGGAAUUGGCAGCAACCGUAGUGCACGAUGACGUGCAAAAAUCAUUAGAAGCAACAACUCUCACGGUAACUAGUAAUGAGAAAGUUCAUUCGGUUCCGACAGUUUCUGUUCCUCCUAUUGAGCACGUUGACGUGCAUGAUGAUGUGGAUGAUAAUGUGUCUCAAAAUAGAGAAGAGAGCCCAAUCUCGGUGUCCAAUGAUGCUAAUGAUUCCAUUCCUCCUGAUUUUGCAGCAGUUCAUAUGCCUAGUCAAGACAUGCGGCCUCCUUUGCCGGUAAUUGAUCCAAUUAUGAAUGCUUCGACGGAUGAAUCCCAAGACAUCACUACACCAGGCCACACAAUUACUAUUACUUCUCCCGAGAAACAUAGUGUUGAGCACGUUGACGUCCAUUAUGGGUCAGGCCACUCCUUGGUGUCGCCUGUGAUUGUAGAGCGGUCCCUUGCUGUAAGUGCUAGCAUGCCGACGACAGUUCAAGAGGAGCAAGUGGUUGCCGAGUUACAACAACAAGAAGUACAUCCCAGCAAGAAUAUUCAGCACGUUCUAGAUUUGUGGCACAGAGUUUGUGAAUAUGAUGAACAAUCAGCUGCUGAAGACUUCACACCGGUCCUAACAAGGAAACAGAAACAGAAAAUUAAAGUACAACAUGUCUUAGCAAAGCAUCCUACUAAAACCCGUUCUCGGGGUGGUAAUCAUCCAACUGCUUCAUGA